CGUCCAGCGAAGGCGGCGAUUUCCCUGUGAUUCUCCCACGUGACCCUCCUCACUAGUUCCCAGGCGGUCAUAUCACGGAGCUUGAGACCAUGCAUCAGAAGGCGCUGCUGUUCGUUCUGCUGGCGGUGGGCCUGCUCUGCCUCGGCCUGGCGCCCGCCUGCCAGGCCCAGGACCAGAACCGGGAUGAAGACGCGGACGUGGAGGACGACCUGGACCUGGACCUGGCCGGAACCGAGGAUGACGACGAGCUGGACAGGGACGAAGAAGCCCCGCCCGCACCAAAAGCCCCCUCUGCGCCCAAGGUGACCUACAAGGCUCCAGAACCGAUGGGGGAGCAUUUCUUCGCCGAGUCGUUUGACCGGGGGACCCUGGACGGGUGGGUUCUAUCCAAGGCGAAGAAGGAUGAUGCAGAUGAAGAGAUCGCAAAGUAUGAUGGUAAAUGGGCCGUAGAGGAGAUGAAGGACACCAAGCUGCCCGGCGAUAAAGGUUUGGUCCUGAUGUCCAGAGCCAAACAUCACGCCAUUUCCGCCCCACUGCUGCGACCUUUCACCUUCGAUUCCAUGCCCCUCGUCAUCCAGUACGAGGUGAACUUCCAGUCCGGGAUCGACUGCGGCGGCGCCUACGUGAAGCUGCUGAGCGAGACGCCUGGCCUGGACCUGGACCAAUUUGUGGACAAGACGGCGUACACCAUCAUGUUUGGACCCGAUAAGUGCGGAGAAGAUUACAAGCUGCACUUCAUCUUCAGGCACAAGAACCCCAAAACCGGGCAGUACGAGGAGAAGCACGCCAAGAAACCCGACGCCGACCUGCGGUCCUACUUCACCGACAAGAAGACGCACCUGUACACCCUGGUGGUGAACGCCGACAACAGCUUUGAGGUUCUGGUGGAUCAGACCGUGGUGAACAGCGGCAACCUGCUGAAGGACAUGACACCCCCCGUCAAUCCCCCAGCUGAGAUUGAGGACCCUGACGACCACAAACCGGAGGACUGGGACGAGAGGCCAAAGAUCCAGGACCCCGACGCCGUCAAACCCGAAGACUGGGACGAGGACGCUCCUGCUCAGAUUCCUGAUGAAGACGCCGUGAAACCGGACGGCUGGUUGGACGAUGAGGCCGAGUACAUCGGAGACCCCGAUGCCAUCAAACCCGACGACUGGGAUGAGGACAUGGACGGAGAAUGGGAGGCACCUCAGGUCCCCAACCCCGCCUGCGAGAGCGCCCCCGGCUGCGGCCCCUGGAAGCGGCCGAUGAUUGACAACCCCAGUUAUAAGGGCAAGUGGAAGCCCCCCAUGGUGGACAACCCCAACUACCAGGGGAUCUGGAAGCCGAGGAAGAUCCCCAAUCCGGAUUACUUUGAGGACCUGCAGCCGUUCAAGAUGACGCCGUUCAGCGCCCUGGGGCUCGAGCUCUGGUCUAUGACCUCUGACAUCUUCUUCGACAACUUCUUCAUCACUAACGACCGCAACACGGCCGAGCGCUGGGCCACCGACGGCUGGGGGCUGAAGAAGGCAGCGGAGGGCGCUGCUGAGCCGGGUUUGGCAGCCCAGAUGCUAAGCGCUGCAGAGGAGCGACCCUGGCUCUGGAUCGUCUACGUCCUCACUGUGGCUCUUCCUCUCGUCCUCAUCAUCGUCUUCUGCUGCACGGGCAAGGAGAAGAAGAAGACUCCAGCAGCUGAAUACAAGAAGACGGAUGAACCUCAGCCUGACGUGAAGGAGGAAGAGGAGGAUGAGGAGGAAGAGGAUAAGGCUGAGGAGGCGAAGAGCAGUCCAGCUGCAGAGGACAAGAGUGAUGAAGAAGAGGCUGCUGCUGAGGAAGAGGAGGGAGAGAAUGAGGCCACGACAGAAGAGAAAGAAGACGAUAUUCUGCGGAGAUCUCCCAGGAGCAGGAGGCUCAGAAAGGACUGAUAGCUCUGAACCCUGACCUCCUGACCUUCCUCCCCCCGCCCCCCUCGUCUUCCUCCUCCUCUUCCUCCUUCCUGAGGCCACGAAGCCUGAACGGAUCUGGUAAAAGCAGCGAAGCCAACAGAAAUUUGACGACGAUUCCAGCUCGAUCCGGUUUUGGAUGUUUUGUUUUAGAGCUUAACUGAGAUUCACUAAAACUUCCUGCAUCAUUCCGACCUGCAGGGGGCGACGUUCUGUCUGCUCCUCCAAUCAGCAGCCUGCUGACAGGAAGACGGUCGCCCUGCUGGACUGGACAGGUAGCUGACCAACCGGCCCACAGAUAACCAACUACUAACCGCUAACCGUAGCGCUUCAGUGUUAGCCUGCUAGCUGCCUAAUAAAGCCAGAGCUUAGCGGCUGGAGGAGGCUUAAACUGGGAACACUCCGACUUUUCUCCAUGUCUGUUGUUGUCCUGUCGGCGCUAGAGUGCUAGCUGUCUGUUGACUUCUUCCUGAAACAGUGUCUGCCGUCGGUGGAUCAGACAGGAAACACCUGGAUGUUUGGCUCACCUGCCGCCUCCAGCUCAGCACCACAGAGGCUCCGCCCCCUUUCUACUACCCUUUAAAUUAACUGCUGAAAUAAUCAUGAUAAAAUGUCAUUAAUAUAUCAUUAAUUUUUAAAAAUUGGAAAUAAAUGCAGCAAAGAUUAAAUAUUGAAUUAUAUGUGCCUCAAUUGGAUGUAUUUUAUUAUUUCAUGUUUGUGCUCUGAAGCGCAUCAUGGCUGAACUUACACCGUCAGUUUGACCUAUCACACUCAGUGGGCGGGAUUAUGGAAGCUGCGACCCUGACAUCUGAUUGGCUGCUGCAAACACCCAAGUAAACACAACUUCCCUGCUAGCUCCGACUCUCCACUUGAAAUUUUCACUUUAGUUGUGGAAUGAUUUUAUUAACAAUUAAAUUGUUUAUUUACUUAUUACAAACUCCCGCCCAUAUGUGUAGUUUGGUCUGAGACUUCGCUAAUGCGUUCCCCACAGACUGUUAGCCGCUGUCAGCUAGCAGGCGGGGCUAGCUGUGAUCCUGCCUGACCACAGUGAGCGCUGAUGAAUUUAUCAGCAAUAUUUCAAACCACAGAAGUAGAGGCUGCAGUUUCUCCUCCAGGAUUUGUAGCAUAUAAAUUUUUAUUGAUUGUUUCCAAAAUAUCGACCUCAGAGUUGCAGUUAACUGGGCAGAAGUUGACUUGCUGUUUGAAGGAGCCAAUCAGAUGUCAGUUUGCCUUAAUCCCGCCCACUGCGUUUGACUUUAUUGAUGUGCUUCAGCACAGGAACAUGAAAUAAUUUAUUAAAUCAUGAAAUCUAGUUUGUGAAAUUAAAUCACCCACAUAUAAUUGAGGCACAUAUAGUUCUAUAUUUAAUAAAUUAUAUAUUUCAAGUUUUGACCUAUUUAAAUGUCAGAACCUCAGGUGUCCUGUCCUGCCAACUACCAGAGGUGGUGCUAAAGUCUCCAUUGUAGCUCCUGAGCUUCCUGUUACUUUCAUCAUGACGUCACACAUGACCUCUCUGUUUCAUCCAAUCACUGCACAGCUUGAAAUAAAAAUGGAACCAAAUGAGAAAAAUCCUGAUAAUCUGUCAGAAACAAUAAAAUCCUGCUCUGUAACUAUUCCCUUAAAGCAGAGGUAUCCAGCCGCUGUCCUGCAGGUUUUAGAUGAGCCACAGGUACAAAACACUGGAGUGAAGGGUGACCCUUCAUGACCUCCUUGUGUAGAUCAGGACUCAGAGCCUUAAUGACCUAAUUAUUCUGUUCAGGUGCUGCAGCAGAGGCUCAUCUUAAAGCUGCAGGACAGCUGGGCCUCCAGGACUGGAGUUGGACACCUGUGCCUUAAAGGAAUCAUUUUCAGCGGAGUUCUGUGAAGUAGGUCUCGGUAGUCAGUAUGCGACCUGCAGCAGAUGAAUUAGCCUGAGCUGGCUGACUUUUCAUUGGUUAUUUCUGUGCAGUUGAACUGGAUUUAAUGAUGUUUUUACGAAGCGUUUCCUCUCUGACUCCUCUUUGCUUUUGCUUAAACUCUGAGGGACAAUAGUUUUUGAUGUUUUCUAACAGGUUUUUUGUAGAAGUUUAAAUAUUUUGAAGUCCCAGAGGUCCUCCCCAGUCUUCAGGCUUAUAUAGAAAUCAUGGAGCAAAUGUCUAAAAAUGAUUUAAUUUCACUUUUUUUGUCAAACUUCUGUUUUUGUGUUUAGAAUAUGUUGUUUUCUUGUUAAAAGAUGUAAAAAUCAGGAUUUUCUUGAGGUUAAUCAUGUGAGGGGGGGUUCACAGCCAAACAGUUUCCCGCUGGGGGUUUCUCAAGUCCUGGUGGGUGGCCUGGUCUGUGAACGCCCGCUGGGAUUGGCCGGUCCGUGGGUUGAUCUGGACGGUGAGUUUGGGGGCUGACCACGCUCCGACAGUGAGCUGAACACUGUAUCUGCUGCGUUUUUACUUCCUCUGGUGGUUUGGAGCGACCGGCAGCAGAAAGCCCGGCUGUGAAUGAAACACUGUGAUGAGGAGCCUGAUGUCGGUGAAGCAAAUGUUUGUUUUGAUGAAUAAAAAAAGGCUAAAUGGAAACAGA